UUCAGCACCAGAGCCCGGACAGCGGCGCCGCCCACGGGCAUGGACGCUGGUAGCAGCUCCAGUAGCUGCAGCGAUCCUCUCCUUGCUAGUUUCCGUACUGGCCAGCACCGGCCUGAGGGGAAUACAUUAGCCCCAGAAGGCAGCCGCCGCUGGGACAAGUACGAGGAGCCCUUCCGUAGAUUCCGCUGGAAGAUCUUCUCAGCACGCCUGCAUCAGGUCCCAGCCCAAAGGCAUGGCUCCUGAGGCAAGCCCGGAGAGAAGCUGCUCCCUCCACACCUGUCCCCUUGAGGACCCAGCAGGUGCGGCAGUCUCGGCGCCCACGGUCUCCACCCUCCAGGCUGUAGACCCAACCAGCCCGCUGACAGCUGGACAUUUUGCCUUUCCUCGAGCACCUCAAGACUAUCAAGAAGGAAGUUCCUUACUAGGGUUGGGAGAUCAAGCCUCUCUGUGUGCUCACGUUUCCACCCUCAGCACUGCCAUAGACCCCACACUGCAUGACGGGGGCUGGAAGCCGCCUUCUGUGCAGCGCCACGUGGUCAGCGUCAGGCAGGAACGCACUUUCCGGAUGCCAAAGAGUUAUUCCCAGCUGAUUGCAGAGUGGCCAAUGGCCGUGCUGCUGCUGUGUCUGGCCUUCAUCUUCCUCUGUACCCUAGCUGGGCUGUUGGGAAGUCCUCCACUUGACUUUUCUGAGCCUUUACUGGGGUUUGAACCUCGAGACACAGAGAUCAGCAGAAAACUAGAAGUCUGGAAAGCGAUGCAGGCCCUCACUGGCCCCAAGAGUCUGUUUUCUCUUUCCCCAGACCCUGAGAUGAACAGCUCAAACCUCCUCAGCACCCUGAGCCCUGCAGCCUGGGGCAGGGCUGAAGAGAGUGUGGUCCGAACCAAAAGGAUGGUAGAGCCCAUGGAAGACAAAGAAGAGGAGAACUUCUUUUGUGGUCCUCCUGAGAAGAGCCAUGCAAAGCUGGUGUUUGUAUCCACCUCUGGAGGAAGCCUGUGGAACCUGCAAGCCAUCCACUCCAUGUGUCGCAUAGAACAGGAGCAGAUCCGCUCUCAUAUCAGCUUCGGGGCUCUGUGCCAGCGAUCAGCAGCCAAUGAAUGCUGUCCCAGUUGGUCCCUGGGCAACUAUCUGGCUGUGCUGUCCAACCGCUCCUCCUGCCAGGACACUACCCAAGCUGACGCAGACCGCACGCUGGCCCUGCUUCGGUUCUGCGCCACUUUCUAUCAUCGUGGUGUCCUGGUGCCCGCUUGUAUGGGCUCCGGGCAGAACAAGCCCCCUUUCUGUGCCCAAGUUCCCACCAAGUGUACCCGGAGCAGCGCUGUCUACCAACUCCUGCACUUUCUGCUAGACAGAGACUUCCUGAGUCCGCAGACUGCAGACUACCAGGUGCCCUCCCUCAAGUUCGGCCUGCUCUUCCUGCCCAUUAUAAAGACUUCCUCCCUGCUAGAUAUUUACCUGGAUGGCCUCGCUGACCCAGUCAAGGUCUCUGACAACUAUACUUCUAUCAGUGGCAUGGACUUGGGCCUCAAGCCUAGACUGCUGAAGUACUACCUGGCUGAAGAUACCAUGUACCCCUUGCUGGCCCUGGUUGUCAUCUUCUUUGGUAUGUCCCUCUACCUGCGUUCACUCUUCAUCACGUUCAUGUCACUGCUGGGGGUGCUAGGCUCCCUAAUGGUGGCCUUCUUUCUUUACCACAUUGCAUUCCGCAUGGCCUACUUCCCUUUUGUCAAUCUAGCCUCCCUCCUUCUGCUUAGUGGCGUCUGUGUCAAUUACACUCUUAUCUUCUUCGACCUGUGGCGCCUCAGCAGGGGCCAGGUGCCCUCUGGGGGUCUAGGGCAUCGUGUGGGCCGCACCAUGCACCACUUUGGCUACUUGCUUCUGGUCUCAGGCCUCACCACCAGCGCGGCCUUCUACAGCAGCUACCUGAGCCGCCUGCCCACCGUGCGUUGCUUCGCCCUUUUCAUGGGCACUGCUGUGCUAGUGCACAUGGGGCUCACACUACUCUGGCUUCCUGCCACCGUUGUGCUCCAGGAGCGCUACCUGGCACGAGGCUGUGUGUCCCAAGCGCAGGGCCAGAGGGGCGGUAGCGGCCCCUUGCGGCUGUUGCUGGCGUUGCACAGACGGAUCCGCAUUCUUCGCAGGAUUAUUUCCAUCCUUUCGCGACUGCUCUUCCAGCGCCUGUUGCCCUGCGGCGUCAUUAAGUUUCGGUACAUCUGGAUCUGCUGGUUCGCGGCGUUGGCGGCAGGGGGCGCCUACAUCGGCGGCGUCAGCCCUCGCCUGCAACUGCCCAUUCUUCUACCACUUGGCGGCCAGGUCUUCCGGUCUAGCCAUCCCUUUGAGCGCUUUGAUGCUGAAUACCGCCAGCAGUUCCUGUUCGAGGAUCUGCCUCCAAACGAGGGUGGCAACUUGCCAGUAGUUCUGGUGUGGGGAGUCCUGCCAGUGGACACUAGUGAUCCCCUGGACCCUCGCAGCAACAGCUCGGUAGUAAGCGAUCCUAACUUCGCACCCAGCAGCCCCGAGGCCCAGGAGUGGCUCCUGGAGCUCUGCCAAGGAGCCCGGAAUCAGAGCUUCUUUGGAGAUCAGCCAGAGGGUUGGCCUACGCUGUGUUUGGUGGAAACCCUCCAGCAGUGGAUGGAAAGCCCCAGCUGUGGCCGCCUGAGUCCCGAUCUAUGCUGUGGCCAGUCAGAAUUCCCCUGGGCCCCCCCGCUUUACCUGCACUGUCUCAAGAUGAUGGCUCUGGAGCAAAGUCCUGAUGGCACCCGUGACCUGGGACUCCGCUUCGAUGCUCAUGGCAACCUGGCCGCUCUGGUUCUGAAGUUCCAGACCAAUUUACCAUACAGUACAGAGUACGGCCCGGUCCACCACUUCUACACCGAGGUCAGCCGCUGGUUGUCUACAGAGCUGGACAAGGCACCUCCGGGCCUCAACCAGGGUUGGUUCACCAGCACCCUGGAGCUGUACAGCUUGCAGCAUAGCCUAAGCACCGAGCCUGCUGUGGUGCUGGGUCUGGCUCUGGCCCUGGCCUUUGCCACACUGCUCCUGGGCACCUGGAACGUUCCCCUUAGCUUGUUCUCUGUGGCAGCUGUGGCUGGCACCGUGCUGCUCACUGUGGGCUUGCUGGUUCUACUCGAGUGGCAGCUCAACACUGCCGAGUCCCUCUUUCUCUCGGCCUCCGUGGGCCUCUCUGUAGACUUAACCGUCAACUACUGCAUCUCCUAUCACUUGUGCCCGCACCCCGACCGCCUGAGCCGCGUGGCCUUCUCCUUGCGCCAGACCAGCCGCGCCGCAGCAAUGGGGACCGGCGCGCUGUUUGCCUCGGGCGUGCUCAUGCUGCCUUCCACCAUUCUGCUUUAUCGAAAGCUAGGCAUCAUCGUCAUGAUGGUCAAGUUUGUCGGCUGUGGAUUCGCCAGCUUCUUCUUCCAGUCCCUGUGCUGUUUCUUCGGGCCAGAGAAGAACUGUGGACAGAUCCUGUGGCCCUGUGCUCACCUGCCAUGGGAUGCUGGGACUGAGGAGCCUGAUGAGAAGGGUCGGACAGGACCACCCGGGUUCUCUGAGCACUAUGAGCUGCAGCCCCUGGCACGACGCCGGAGCCCCAGCUUUGACACCAGCACAGCCACCAGCAAGCUGUCCCACCGGCCUUCCAUGCUCUCUGAAGACUUGCAGCUGCACGACGGCAGCUGCUGCCACGGGUCGACACCCGCCCCUCCCUCCCCAAGGGAUCUGCUUCUGGACCACCAGACAGUCUUCAGCCAGUGCCCAGCCCUGCAGACUUCUUCUCCUUAUAAGCAAGCCGGUCCCAACCCCCAAACCUGGAUCAGGCAUGACUCCCAGGGACAGAAAGCCGAGCCCUUGCAGGCCCUGCCAGAAGGCCCUGCCCACUGCCCCAACCCCAAAGUUGAAGAGCUCCCGGACUCUUCAGCCAGCACCCUGGAGGGACUCAGCGCCUCUGAUGACAUCUACGCCUCGGAGCCCAGUGCCCGUGUGCCAGAUUCUGAAGGCACCUCACUGGAAGCCAUGAAUGGCACUGGACAUCCGGUACUUGAGCGGGGCCAGCUGAACGGGAAGCGUGACACUCUCUGGCUCGCACUGAAAGAGACCAUCUAUGACCCAAAUCUGCCCAACUCUCACCAUUCUAGCUUAUCCUGGAAGGGCCGUGGGGGGCCGGGUGACAUCAGCCCAGUGGUGCUUCCCAACAGUCAGCCAGAUCUUCCCGAUGUUUGGCUCCGUAGGCCUAGCACCUACACCUCUGGCUACAGCAGCUGAGAGAGCAGGGAAGGCCAGACCAGGGUCCAGAACCCUGUUGGUGAAAAUAAGGCAGAGGCCAUACUAGUUUAGAGCCAGAAGGUAUUUCUCCACAUCGACAUGGUGUCUCACCCUCCAACUAUGGAUCCUCAA